AGCUAGGGCUACAUAGAGAGACCCCAUCUCAAAAAAUGGGAAAAAAAUUACUGGUAUAGGGAAGUAGGGAUCAAGGAGGCUUCUCAGUUAACAUUUUAGAGUUGGGUACUGCUGGAGGGGCAUGUGAGGGGGCAAAGCUGUGGAGGAGGGCCACAUAGCCCAGGCAGGGUAUGCAUAAUGAUGAGGAGGGAGACUUGACGCGCCCAAACAACACUUCUACCUUCCCAGGGUCUGCUUUGGGUGAAUUGUUCUACUUAGAGACACAAACUCUGGUAUAUUAGCAACCACAUUUUCAGCAUGCAGAUUUCUGUCUUGAUGCGUUAGAGUAAGGAUGAUUGCCCAUUGCGAAUGGAAGCGACCCAGUACUUAAAAAGUCCAAAUGUGUAGCCGCUAUUGGCAGUCUGUUCCAGGCUCCUUCUUCUCCUUUUAUAUAUCUAAAGUUUUUUUUUUUUUUAAAUCAUUUUAUCAAUUCUUUGAAAAUUUCAUGCAAUGUACUUUGAUAAAAUUCAUCCAGCAUGAUAGGCAUUGAUCACCAAUACCACUGCAGGCUUAUCUUCCCCCAUUGUGCUGUGGCCCCCAGACUCAUCCACCCCCACUGUGCUGUGCCCCCAAAGACUCAUCACCCCCACUGUGCUGUGGCCCCCAAAGACUCAUCACCCCCACUGUGCUGUGCCCCCAAAGACUCAUCACCCCCACUGUGCUGUGGCCCCCAACAGGUUUUUCUGGUGAUUCCUUACUUAAUAUCCUGGAACUUGACUUAAAAGUCACACAUCUUCUUCCUUCCAAUUAUCUAGGUAUGAUGGCGCACACUUUUAAUGCCAGCACUCAAGAGGCUGAGGCAGGAGGAUCAUUUUGGCAGGUAUUUCGGAAUGUCCCUACAGAAGAGGUGCCUUUCUGGGCUGAUGUCGUUCUGGGAUUUCGAAAGAUGACAGAGGCUGAGCUGAAGCGAUUCCCUCAAUAUGUGUUUGGUCAAGCUUUUACAACUCUGAAGUGUGAGACUUCUGCCUACCUCCCAUGGCUGGAGAAAAGGGUAAAGGAACAUGGAGGUCUGCUACUCACCAGGAGAAUAGAAGACCUGUGGGAGCUGCAGCCAUCUUUUGACAUCGUGGUCAAUUGUUCAGGCCUGGGAAGCCGACAGCUUGCGGGCGACGCCAUGAUUUCCCCUGUAAGGGGCCAAGUGCUCCGGGCACAGGCCCCCUGGGUGAAGCAUUUCAUCCGAGAUGGGAGCGGUCUGACGUACAUUUAUCCUGGUACAUCCUACGUCACCCUGGGAGGCACCAGACACAAAGGAGACUGGAAUCUAUCCCCAGAUGCGGGACUUAGCAGAGAGAUUUUCUCUCGGUGCUGUGCUCUCGAGCCCUCCCUCCGCAGAGCCUGUAACAUAGAAGAGAAAGUGGGCCUGAGGCCCAGCCGGCCGGGUGUGCGUCUGCAGAAGGAGAUGCUAGUCCGAGGAGGGCAGAGGCUGCCUGUGGUCCAUAACUAUGGCCAUGGGAGUGGGGGCGUCUCGGUGCACUGGGGCUCUGCUCUGGAAGCCACCAGGCUGGUGAUGGAAUGGAUCCAUACUCUCAGGACCCCAGCUACUAUGUCAAAACUGUAGCUGACACCAAAGGACAGCAAAUAACCCCAGGUGACAUUGGUCAACGCACAGUGUAAGGUCCAUAACGGUCCUCAUCAAGUUUCCACUGCUUGAAAGCUGAAUUUGACUUUAUUUUCAAAAUUAGAAAUCAUGCAACACACAGCAGUAAUCUCAGAAAGCUUGCCACGAAUGAUGCAGGGCACAAAGCUCCGUUUUUGUCAAACUAUGUGUUAUUAAAAACACUUGUUAUAUAGGGGAAUGUUUGGGAAGGAUCUAAUGCCAAUUUAUAUGAAUGAUGUAAAUGAUAGGGAUUUUUGUAUCUUUAGCUCAUAAACUCCUAAGGAGAGACAAGGUGUUGGAAACACUUGUAUCCCUGUCAGUUGUAGAGCUGUGCACGAUCCUCUUAGGUCAUAGAGCCAGCCAAGUAAGUAUUACCAUCCCUCUAGACAAGAGCACAUGGUUCAGACCUCCUGUGUUUAGCUGAAGGCAAAGCAUGGUUAUUGGCAGCCCUGGCGGCAGCCCCUCCCUCCCCUCUGCAGGUCAUGAUAGCAGAAGAUGGGUGUGGAGGGUCUAUGAAAGUGGUACCCCAGUUCAGGAGCACUGCAUGCCUGUCACUGUGUAUGUUUUGUUGUUUCUGGGACCAAACGCUUAGCAGAAACAACCUAAAGAAAUACUUUGUUUAUUGUUUUGUUUUGGUUCAUCGGGAGGGUCCUUCAGAACAAGCUCUUCCACUUACGCCUCCAAGAAAGCAGAGUGGAGAGGCAGCAGGAAGGGUCAGGGCCAGAUGCAGCCUCUCCCCCCACCCCAGGUAUCUAACCCUCCAGCCAGCCCCCACUUCCUAAACUUAUCCCAAUAGUUCAUUCUUGAAUUCGUCAAUGGGUUAAGUUAUUGAUUAGGUCAUCUGUAUCUUCCCUCAGCCCCACCCAAAGGGGUGGUUUAGUCCUCGCCUAAGCAGUCUCCCAUCUUGUCAAGCUGACAACAGGGAUUUACCAUGACAGUCACCUAGGCUGCAUCUUUCAUUACCACAAAUGAUCGAGAGCUGGCUGACUGCAUGGUGAUGAGCAUUGUUGGAGAUUGAGUAAUCUAUGCAACCAAAAAGCUAAUUUGCUAAUGGAGACGGAACAGUCGUUUUAAAUGACAUACAAUGCAAAGUAUUCUUCAUGUUAAAGAGUAUUGGGGAGGAAAGGAAUAUGUCUUCUGAUAAAACAAGUUUGAGAAUUACUGAGCUGAGUAAUUUAGUGUAAUUCCCUAACUUAGAUCUAUUUAGAGCCUUUAGCUUAUCCCUGUGCAUUGAAGACCCUUGGGAGUGCUCUUGGCUUGGGAGAAGAUGUAUCCAUUCACUGAGAUAAGCAAUCUUGGGGCAGGGAUGCCAUUUAAUUCUGGAGGAAGUUACCUUUUUCUGAAUAAUAAGGUCUAUCUUGAAGGUAUUUGUGUGUGUGUGUGUGUGUGUGUGUGUGUGUGUGUG